GAGGAGGAGACCGCAGAGGGGCAGUAAGUUUUCUGCCCGCAGUCCGUGGGCUGGCAGGGGAGCCGCAGAAAAUGAAUGGCCCGGCUACUGUGAUUUUGGCCCGUUGUGCCCGAGAUCCUGAACCCACGUCACUGCCGUGGGGCAGCCUGCUGUGCCUUCGCUUCUCUUACUGCCGUGUAUCGUCCAGGGCCACUGUGCCCGCCUCUGCCCUUGCUGUCCUCCCGCUGCUGCGCGCUGCUCGCCGCUGGAGACUAGAAGGCAAGGGAGUACUGCCUUGAAAACACGUGAAACCCGGCACAGUGGUGCACACCUGGAAUCCCAGCCCUUGAGAGGCCAAAGCAGGGGGACCACUUCGAGGUUCGAGGCCUGCCUGGGCUACGUGGAUCUAUAGAUGAAAAAGUAAUCUUCAACUUGAAAUUCUCACCCUUCCAAGAUAUCAAGAGAGAGUAGGAAAAAUAUUCUCAGACACAAGGAGUUUCGAAAAUGGUUGUUUCUAAAGCCCUCUGAGAAUACAAGAGGAGGAUUUGCCCCAGUGAAACAAAGAGAUAAACCAAGAAAGGGACUAGGUGUUCAUCAAAAGAGAGAUGAACAGAGAAUCCAAGAUGACUGUGUGCUCCAGACCUUGGGACAGGCAGGCCACUCUGGAGCAAGUCAGGAGGCCAUGACUUGAAGAGGGACGUCAAGUUGAAGAUGUCGAUAAAUAAUGUGAACACUUGUGGAGAGGAGACUUACACAACUCAAGGAAUGCUGCAUUGCAUUACGGGCCCACUGAAGCCCAGAUCCGGUUGGGCCAGCAGCCUUAAUUCUCUCUGAUUUUCUACCUUCAGGAAUCGGAGUAAGCAGGGGGCAACCGUGGCCAGAAUGAGGAUGCAAUCGAGGGGCCAAGCGAAGGUCCUUUCCCAUAACCUGUGCACGGUGCUGAAGGUUCCUCAUGACCCUGUCGCCCUUGAAGAGCACUUCAGGGAUGAUGAUGAAGGGCCUGUCUCCAAUCAGGGCUACAUGCCGUAUUUAAACAAGUUCAUUUUGGAAAAGGUCCAAGACAACUUUGACAAGAUUGAAUUCAAUAGGAUGUGUUGGACCCUCUGUGUCAAAAAAAACCUCACAAAGAGUCCCCUGCUCAUUGUAGAAGAAGAUGCAUUUAAAAUAUGGGUUAUUUUCAACUUUUUAUCUGAGGACAAGUACCCAUUAAUUAUUGUGCCAGAAGAGAUUGAAUACUUGCUUAAGAAACUUACAGAAGCUAUGGGAGGAGGUUGGCAGCAAGAACAAUUUGAAGAUUAUAAAGUCAACUUUGAUGAUGGUAAAGAGGGCCUUUCUGCGUGGGAGCUCAUUGAGCUGAUUGGAAAUGGACAGUUUAGCAAAGGCAUGGACCGGCAGACGGUGUCUAUGGCAAUUAAUGAAGUCUUUAAUGAGCUUAUAUUAGAUGUUUUAAAACAGGGUUACAUGAUGAAAAAAGGCCAUCGACGGAAAAACUGGACUGAACGCUGGUUUGUUCUAAAGCCCAACAUAAUUUCUUACUAUGUGAGUGAGGAUCUGAAAGACAGGAAAGGGGACAUUGUCUUGGACGGGAACUGCUGUGUGGAGUCUCUGCCUGACAAAGAUGGAAAGAAAUGCCUUUUUCUAAUAAAAUGUUUUGAUAAGACCUUUGAAAUUAGUGCUUCUGAUAAGAAGAAGAAACAAGAAUGGAUUCAGGCCAUUCAUUCCACCAUCCAUCUGUUGAAGCUGGGCAGUCCUCCACCACACAAAGAAGCCCGCCAGCGGCGGAAAGAGCUCCGGAAGAAGCUGCUGGCGGAGCAGGAGGAGCUGGAGCGGCAGAUGAAGGAGCUGCAGGCCGCCAAUGAAAACAAGCAGCAGGAGCUGGAGACCGUGAGGAAGAAACUGGAGGAAGCAGCGUCCCGUGCAGCGGAAGAGGAGAAGAAACGCCUGCAGACACAAGUGGAGCUGCAGGCCAGGUUCAGCUCGGAGCUGGAGCGCGAGAAGCUGAUCAGACAGCAGAUGGAAGAGCAGGUUGCGCAGAAGUCCUCUGAACUGGAGCAGUACCUGCAGCGGGUGCGAGAGCUGGAGGACAUGUACCUCAAGCUGCAGGAGGCCCUCGAGGAUGAGCGCCAGGCCCGGCUGGAUGAAGAGACGGUGCGCAAGCUGCAGGCCAGGUUGCUGGAGGAAGAGUCUUCCAAGAGGGCGGAGCUGGAGAAGUGGCACCUGGAGCAGCAGCAGGCCAUCGCCACCACGGAGGCCGAGAAGCAGGAGCUGGAGCACCAGCGCACCGAGAAGGAGCAGGCGCUGCAGGAGGCCAUGGCGCAGCUGGUGCAGCUGGAGCUCGAGCGCAAGCAGGCGCUGGAGCAGUACGAGGGUGUGAAGAAGAAGCUGGAGAUGGCAGCUAACAUGACAAAGAGCUGGAAGGACAAAGUGGCCCACCAUGAAGGGUUAAUUCGAUUGAUAGAACCAGGCUCAAAGAACCCUCACCUCAUCACUAACUGGGGACCUGCAGCCUUCACCCAGGCGGAGCUGGAGGAGAGAGAGAAGAACUGGAAAGGGAAAAAGACCACGGAGUGACCGAGCGAGGCCACAGUCCCUCCGCCGUGUAGAUACGAGUGUGGCCCCAGACUUUCUGCUGAAGACAACCGAAACCGGCUUUGCUGCUGUAACCUGCUUCCCUCCUCCUCCCCUCCGGGCCCGUCCCAGGGUCCAGCUCCUGAGGAGGCUUUCUCUACCUGCCCACAAGCAGGUUUCCCUAAAAAGAAAAGAAUGUCAGUAUUGUCAGGCUCUCCUUUCCUUUUUCUUUGACACCUUGGGCUUCUGAAAAUCCCAUGGAUGGAGCUCAGAUUCGCUCUAAAUGAGGCCAAGAACAGACCCAUGGUCUGCUCCGUCGCUGGGUCCCCCGAUGGUUAGAGCCUCUGUGGGCUCCGAGAAUGGCCAGUCUGCCUGCAGUUCCAUGCUGGUGACACAGAAGGCCACGCUGGGUGCUCUUCUGGGGAAGUUGUGGAGUCGCUGCCUUUUCCUGGUUGCCCUUGUUCAGUGUGGUCUGAUUAGGCGAGCUUUGCUGGCUUCUGCUGACACGUUUCUUCCCAGCCGUCGUGCACUUGGCACGGAUGGCUCCUGUUUCCCUCACCUCAAAGAAAGCGUCCCGGUGGCCCACACUUAGCCCGAUUCUCUGAGUCUUCUCUCUGUCCAGUGAGCAACAGGCUACCAGACCUAUGCCGUGCAGCAGGAGGGUCACGUUUAGUAGUAGAAAGAAGCCAGUUUGAAAUAAAAGUUAUUUGGAUAAUUUCUAAAGCAGAUUAUGUGCUCCCGGGCAGUGGGAAGUUGACCUCGUGUGUGCAGUUAGGUGUAAACGUCAUAAAGAUGAGGCUGUCACUGUGUUCCCGGGCUGUGGAGCUAGUUCUCAUCGGCUGGGCAGCUUUUCUGCUUUUCCUUGAGUACCGGGGAGGAAAUACCCAGUGAAAAUAAGUGUAACAAGAAAAUUGGGAUCAGAGGUUUAAUGCAUCUGAUUUGAAAGAAAUAUUGGGAAUGUUCUCAUAUUAUCUUUGGAUUGAGUAGUAUUUAUGAAAUCAAGCCAUCUAAUACUGGUUAUUUAUGAACAGCAAUAACUUCAUAGACAGCAGUGAUGCUUGUGGUUGUACAGAAAUACGGGUAAUUCCAUGGUUACACAAAAGGCAGAAUUCAGCA